CUAAACACAUGAAUAAGUAAUUAGGUGUCUGUCAAUAAGAAUGUAGAACAACCUGUUUGCUCUUCAUCAGCAGCAACUUGCACUAAUGUUGCUGACAAAACUAUCGUUGUUAAGACGAGGUCACAAACAACCUCCAGCAUGAUCAGGGGAAAACCAUUUUUUUUUCAUUAUUGUAAAUGUUUACUAUUUCAAAUCACAUGUAUAUAGAGUAUGUAUGGUACACACACCUAUGUAUACUGCAUAUGUGGGACAGGAAGGGCUUCAGGAACCUGCCAGUCAGAGUUGAGGGUUGGCGUGGCGAUGCAACCUCUCUGACAACUUCAGUUUUAAAUUACAACUUGACUGCAAGUGUGGGACUAAAGCUGGGAGCUUUGACGCACAUUCAGCUGUGUGACAUUAAUGUUUUACUGAAGGAUGUUAUGGUGGACUGUGGGGAGGUCCAUGAACAAGGUUGUCUCCAAAGGCGUUUCAGAGAAUUUGGCAGUACAUCCAACCAGCCUCACAACCACAGACCACAUGUAACCACACAAGCCCAGGACCUCCAUAUCCAGCAGAUGCACCUCCACGAUCAUCAGAAUCCAGCCACCCGGACAGCUGCUGCAACAAUAGGUGUCUCUCACUGCAGGUGGUCCUCUGGUGAUGGGCGUCCUGUCCUCCAAGACGAAGUGGUUGGAGCAGAGGUCGUCUCUUGGGAGCAGAUUGCUGGCACCCUUGAGGAAGGACAUUUGUCAGAGGAGACGCGAGAAGAUGUUGAAGCCGCUCCUAAACCUGAAAGAUAAAAAGAAGAGACACUCACGGAACAAAGCGUCGGUGGCGUCAUGGCUGGAAAAAAGCCGUGGACCGGAGGAAGGAAGAAAGAAGAAAUGAAAGUUCAACAAAGGAGACGAGAGAGGACGUGAUCAUCAAAAAAGGAGCUGUGUGUAAAUGUAAAAUAUUUAAUGACAUCACUGUCUUCAGAAAGAACAUGGAUCAGUCCUCUACUAAACCAAAUAUGCACAGGUCAGCAGAAAUAGUUUUAAUCUCUUCUCUUCCUCAUACUUGAGAUAUGAAAAAAAAAAAUAUAUAUAUAUAUAUAUUGUUGAAAAUAUGACAGAUCUAAACACGUAUUUCCACAGCAAAUACUUUUACCGUUGACAGGUACCCAAAUUUUGUGUUUCACUAGCUUUGCUGCGUCAUAUCACGUUCUUCACUUGUAUUCUCCAUUUCACGUCACUGAUUUUUGCACAUUUAUUUUGUAAAAGUUGUACUUUAAACGAAAAAGGACAAAUCUCUAAGUUUCAAACAGAUGAACAUUUUCAACUACUUUUGUACUAUUUUACAGGUAUUUUCCCAGAAUUUUUUAGCCAAGCUUUUUUUUUUUUUUUUUUUGUCGCCCUGGCUUUUUGCACUAAUUACAUUUCUGACAUUCUAACUUUUUACCAAAAUAUAUUUUUGUACAAAUGGGUACUUUAAAAAAAAAAAAAAAAGCUAAAUAAAUGUGUAAUAUUUGCAAACAAUGUAACACACUUUCCUAACUUUUUACACACACAAAAACAAUCAAAAUGUGUUUGGAAAAAUGCUACACUUUUAAUUUGGAAAAAUAAUAAGCAAAAAUCCAGACAUUUUUGCACGUAUUUAAUUUUUUCAUAACUUUUAGUUUAACACCUGUUAAUCAUUUUUUUGCAGAAUGUUUCUGUUUUGCAGAUUCAGUUUUCAUACUUUUUUUUGUGUGAUUUGUAUCCAUUUUUGCUGAAAUUUUUACCCCUUAGUUUUGCCAACAGCUUUUUGCAUUAAAUAUUAUUCCAAAGUCUUUGCCCAAAUUAUAUUUUCCUGACAUUUAAUUAAAAUUAAUCCCCUGUAUAGAUUUAUGCCACAAUUAUGAUUUAUAUUUGCAGAAAUGUCAUUUAUUUUCUGGACUUGUUAUACCCAAUAUGAUUUAUCUAACAAUUUAACUCGUAGAAAAUGCAGGAUUGUCUUUUGUGGGUUUUUUUUCCACCAAAUAGAAACAUGAAGAAAAAAACAUUUUUUUUAAAACCGAGCUUAAGUUAGUAAAACACAAAAUAGAGAACUUAUUGCCAAUAUGUUUUUUUUUCUUCAGUCAGUAGAAAUCUUAAAAGAUUGAAUAACUUCUUCCUGACUUGAACUGGACAUGAAGAUAAAAGCUGACAUGAGGUAACGUCUUAUUAAGAAGAAAAAAAUAUCCAAAUAAAAAAAAACCUUACAAAUUAAACAUCUAGGCCUUUUGAGUUGGUGGAUUGCAAAAUAAAAUUGUUUUAAUAAAAACAAAA